UUUAUUUGUAAGUCUGUAACAUAUAAAUUGUUGUUAUAUUAAUGUAAUUGUUUAGAUUAAUGCAAAUUGAAUACUAAGCGAUCGGCAAUAUCCAAAAGCCAUUUGGUGAUUGCAUAGUAAACAAUGGAAGAUAAAGGUGAAUUUGAGGAUAUGGUGGUAACAACCACUAAUACAUUGCCAGUUAUUAUGAUGACAGAAUUGCCAGAAAUUAAAUUAUUCGGACGCUGGAACUGUGAUGAUGUCCAAGUAAAUGAUAUGUCUUUGCAAGAUUAUAUUGCUGUUAAAGAAAAAAAUGCAAAAUAUCUUCCACACUCAGCUGGACGUUAUGCAGCAAAGCGCUUUCGAAAAGCACAAUGUCCUAUUGUUGAGCGUCUAACAAAUUCUCUUAUGAUGCAUGGCAGAAAUAAUGGAAAAAAGUUAAUGGCUGUAAGGAUUGUAAAACAUGCUUUUGAAAUUAUUCACCUUCUUACUGGAGAGAACCCUUUACAGGUUCUUGUCACAGCUAUUAUAAACUCAGGACCAAGAGAAGACUCCACUCGGAUUGGUCGCGCUGGUACAGUUAGAAGGCAAGCAGUAGACGUAUCACCAUUACGUCGAGUUAAUCAAGCUAUUUGGUUAUUAUGUACGGGCGCCAGGGAAGCUGCGUUCCGAAACAUAAAGACAAUUGGUGAAUGCUUAGCCGAUGAACUUAUCAAUGCAGCUAAAGGUUCAUCCAAUUCAUAUGCAAUUAAGAAGAAGGACGAGUUGGAACGCGUUGCUAAGUCCAACCGAUAAAAUCCCUCAUUAUGUACAUAUAUGCGAAAAAUUAAAUAAAUAUAUCUCAU